CUGACCGGCACCUGGAAGAAUGACCUCGCCUCCACCAUGGAGAUCAACAGCGUCAGUGACACGGGGGUGUUCAGCGGCCUCUACCAAACGGCAGUCUCGGCCUCCGACGUGCCCAUCCGGCCACCCCCGCUGCAGGGCGUCCAGCAAAAGGGGCACCAACCCAACUUUGGCUUCACCCUCAACUGGAGCUUCUCUGAAUCCAUCACCAUCUUUGUGGGCCAGUGUCUGGUGGGCAGGGACGGAGAGGAGCAGCUGAAGACAACCUCGCUGCUGCGUGUGAAGGUUGGAUCCGUAGCAGAGGAUUGGAACGCGAUCCUCUUUGCUGCCAGCACUUUCUACCGCAGCAAGUGA